AUGGCUGCAUUUGUUGAUGCUUCGUCAGCGUGUUCUGCAGCGGACUUCGUGUUUCAGACGUCUUCGCUGAGACCAUUCCUGAAUCAUCCGGGAAUCGAGAAAGCAGGGACAGCAUUCCACAAGCCGAUGAAUCCGGAACAUGCCGUCCAAGAGAAGCAGAUAAAUGCCGGCCUGUCGUUGAGACCCUUCGUUGGUCCAAAGGAUUCUGCGCCUUUGAGAAGGCCCGACAAAGCUUCCGAGCGCAGCGGGCGCAGGCCACGAGGCCUCAUGGCAAAUAACUUUGCUCGGACCAUGCCACCGCGGCACUUCAGAAUUUCGGACGCAAGCCCUUCGGUCCAGAUGUACAUAGGCCAGCAAAGCUUGGGGGCAACGCACUCCAAAGAGCAGAAUCGAACGGUACCUUCGGAGGAUGAGCUGAGCAGCUUUCAAUUUUUCGAGGAGCCAGACGAUCCUCGAGUCGCAGUGCCUGCGCACCGGAUAGGUGAUGAGCCUCAGGGAAGACUUCGCCCAUACGUCAGCGACCGGUCAGCGAAGAAAAAGAUUUCAAUGGAUCCCAGUGAGUCUGCACUCUGCCUCACUGCGAAGCCGAAGCCGCUGCACACCACCACGACCGCUCCAAGUCCUUCUAAAGGACAUGGAUCGGCCAAGCCCGUCUUGGCAAAUGCAGGUUUGCUGCAGUUCAUGCUUCCAAGUUUCGGCUUCCCCGCGACUAUCGCCGAGGAGGCGACCCUGGAGCAGCUGCUCUUCAGUCCAAGUCACCAUGACGAGCGCUUCCAGUUGCUCGAAACGUGA